CCCAGAAGAGAGUGAGACCUCCUUGCCAUACCACAAGGUGCACCAGAGGUGACAAAUACUGUAGCAAAAUGCUACAGGUAUCCAUCACUACUCUAAAAAGCCUCUCAGCAAAAUACCAGUGAGUACAUUUCCAUCCUAGUCUAUUUGAUAUGAGGAAGGCUUUGAGAGACAAACACCAAGGUGCACCUUACUGUGGAAAGGGAGGUGGUAGUGUCCCUUGACCGUCAUCAUGAGUGCAUUUAUCAGUUGUAUGGGAUUUCUCUCCCUUCUCCUGCUUCUCUCAAUGAGCCAAUACAACCUGUUCACUUGGGUGAACCCAACAAAUGUGCACAAGACUCUGAUGGAGAUGUUUCAUCACAAUAACAGCAAGACUUCCUCACCAGCCUCUGGAGGUGAAGAUGCCAGGAUCUGGGCCAUAUGGGUGCCCUCUCCAUCCCUACAGGAACCAGGGGAACUGACGGAGCGUGACUGGUGGAGGUCCAUCCUAGAAGUCCUGAGAAUCCACAAGAUUAAACGCUGGACAAUGGAGGAAGAAGGGCUGCUUGACCAUGUCUGGGAGAAGUUCAAGAUCCUGUUCAGACACACAUACCCUGCAAAGGCUAUGCAGGCGGUUGCUAAUAAUAAGGGACGGACUAAAAUCACACCAUCCUCAAAGAUAUCCUCAGGAUGCAUUUGGCCUUGGUUUAUUGCAUUUGUAAUCGCUUGCAUCUGGAAGUGGAGAAGAACAAGCACCACUGAAAUAACAACGAUGGAGGCUCUCUCUGAGCAACUCAAUGCACAGUCUGAUGACCUGGAGAGGAUGCUGGAGCUGCUACAACAGAUUCAAGAGCAUCUCGAACACCUGGAGAAACGUUGUAACACCGUUCGCCCAUCCAGAAGGAGGAGGGCACAGAAAGUUACGCGGAUAGUGUUUUCUUCUGACUCUUCAACAUCCUCAAGAUGAGACUGACA